AUGACCAGCGCCGCGGAUGAGAACACCUUUUCCCUCACCUAUCUGGGUCGAUUUACAGCCCACGAUUUUGGCUACUCCAGCUCGGAAGCCAUCCAUGCCCAGCUGGUGGAGUACUAUGUGGCCUUUCUCACUCGCGCUUACGAAAAUCGUCUGCCUUUUGACAAGCUAAGCGUUCAGAACCCGAUCGAUACGCGGCUGGUCGCCCUCGAGUCGAAUGGGGUGAGUGUACGCAGUUGGCGCUACCGCAGGUUCAAUGAAGCUGGCACCCUGAUCAAUGAGAAGGACGUCUACAAAGCUGAGCGGAUUGUCCUCUGUGAUUGUCUGUGUUUUGAGGUUGUCCAGUCGGCGAACACGGGACGGGGUGGUGGUUCCUCCUCAGCUCGAGAUUCCGCCGUCUGCUAUGCCUACUUGAGGCGUGCUGUGGACUCCAGACAGACCAUUUCCGAGGCAAAUCUCAGACCCCUGGAUGUUCGCUUGAGCACCUGGCUGUUAAAGUACCGUCGCUUUCAACGCCCUCCUCUGGUGGUUCUGGCGAUUCAUCGUGCCUACGCUGACAGCUGUAUUGACCUUCUGGUCUUCCUGGCGUCUAGCCAAUCAGAGGGUCUGAAAUUUGUCAAAAAGGUCACUGAACUGGCCUGCAAGGUCACACCAAUGCGACCACACCGGCGACAUCGUCGACGUGCACGCACGGCAGAUGCGAAGUACCCCGAGAACUCGAGAACCACGACUGAC